AUGGAUGGGCCGCCGCCCCCACCACCGCCGCAUGGCGAGAACCCUCACACUACUGAGGGCGAAUAUCGCAAGGCGUCCGACAUGCCCCCGGGAAAUUACGACAUCUUCAUCGUCCCACCUCACUCUGCCGGCUCAGGUUUUCUUUAUCUCCCCUCGCUGCAAUGCAACCGAAACAGCUUCAUUGCGGGCGUUGCCAGCACGCUUGCGGUGGUAUACGUCUGGUCAACUGUGGCGCCGACACUUAAGACUUGGUGGGUGGCGACAGUGUCCAGUCAGAGCAACAAAGGUGUGGUCGUGGUUGCGCUCGUGAUCGCGGUCGCUGGCUGGGCCUUUGGAAUGUCGCAAUUGGGGUACUUCAAAGGAGGCCCUGAAGGGAAGAGACCCCCUGGCGGUGGUUUCGAUUCCUUCAGAGGCUCUCAUGGCCAAGGUUCAUCCCAGGGUCGAUCGUCAGACUCGGGGCAUGGUGAUGGUUCCAGGCAGCAUCAACAGCGUGAUGGACACGCUGGGUCAAGCCACCAACAAAGACAACAGGGUGGAAACUUUGGUGGCAGGUCAAACCAUGGCCACCAGUACGCUGGUCACCAGCACACUGAAAGCCCCCCCGAGCCGGAGGCGGCACCGCCUCCUAAGCCGCCUCCUCAACCCGAACCAGCCAACCAUGGCCCCAAUGGAGCGGAGUGGGAGAAGGCCCGCGACGAGACCAGACGUAAGGAGGAGCUACGCCGCAAGAUGGAGGAAUUCAAGCGGAAGAGGGAGGCAGAAGCAAAAGAGAGGGAAAGAAAGAAAGAACGAGAAGCAAUGGAGAAGGAGCUGAAAGAACGUCGCGAACAGCUCGAGCGCGAGAUGGCAGCAGCCAGAGAGAAAGCAGAAAAGGAAGCACGCGAAAAGGCCGAGAGAGAGACCAAGCUGGCCCGUGAGAAGGCGGAGAAAGAGGCCAGAGAGACACGCGAGAGGGCUGAGAAAGAAGCUAAGGAGGCUCGUGAGCGUGCGGCACGCGAGCUGGCCGAAGCCCGUGCAAAGGCUGAGAAAGCGGCUGCAGAGGCCAAGGCACAGGCCGAGCGCCUUGAGGCUGAAGCCAAAGCGGAAAAGGCGCGACGUGAAGCCGAAGCUGCCAAACGCGAGGAAGAGGCCAAGGAGAAAGCUGCCAAAGAGGCCGCCGAGAAGGCCGCUGCAGAAAAGGCUGCGGCGCAAAAGGAAGCCAUGGCCAAAUUUGCGGCGCUCAAGGAAGCGGCGGCGAAGCGAUACGCGGAGAAGAAAGCCCAGGAGAGCAAAAAGGAAACACCGCCAGUGGCCACGGCUGGAAGCACGAAAAGUGCACAAAGUGCACCUCGCACCCCGUCGCCAAAGAAACCGCCGUUUCCAACAGCGAAGACAACCCUGGACGACGACGCCUAUUCCUUUCGGCCCUACGAUCGCCCACGACGACCGUAUGGACAGGCCUCCAACUCGUCUGCUUACUCCGAGUCUUCUUACGCACCUUCUCAAUCUACAGCACGGACAACACCUCCUCCGUCGCAUCGGGGCUCCUAUUCCACCAAGGAUCCCGACAAGAUUGUCAUUCUUGGGGUCUACCAAUUCACUAAUGCAUUCAUGAAGACGCCAGUGGCACAGCUAGUUUCCGGUCAGGGCAUGGUGACAGACGGACUCGUACUCCGCAUCACAACGGAGGGUCUCUUCGUUGACGACGACCUCCGUGGAGUUGGCCAACGUGAAUGGGAUGUCAAAGCAUGGACGUUGAAACUGACAGAGGUGUGGUGUCCUCAAAUGGCAACCCCUCCCAACUCAAAGCAGCCCGCUUCAACGAACCCAUUCUCUUUCCGUCGUACUGCCCAUUCAGUGCCCACCAACGAAGAAUCGGAUGCAUUCACCACCAACCUCCUCAAAGUCUGCAAGAACACCUGUCGCCUGGCAGCCCCGGCCGCGGGGGCUGUUUCCCGUGGACUUCACGUGCUACGCGCCAGCCUGCGUGACCAGGAAGGCAAGAGAUACGUCUUUGUUCUUCAAGACACCGAGGCGUGGAAAGUGGCCCUUGGUCUUCAACGUCUCCGCGGCGGAGCCCUUGUUCGAGCUCUAGGAGUCACGGCCAUGCCGGCUCCAGACUGCAAGACCAUUCUCAGCAACCUGGGCUUCGCUUGA